AGCGUUAAAUGACAGUAGCUUCUCAGCCUGAAGAACGUAAGCUUAAACCAACUGCAGACAUGAGGAAUAUAUACGCUUUUGCCCUGCUGCUUAUUGCAGUUUUUGCAAGCACCACCAGCGGUGCCAGCGUUUCCGACCUUCUGUGUCGCAACAAGGCCAACGGUAUUCGGGCUCUGGUACCCGGCAGUUGCUCCAGGUUCUAUGAGUGCCAAAAUGGCGUUGCCCAGGAAUACUCCUGUGCCAAUUUCUACGACUUUAAGAUCCGCAGCUGCGUAACAUAUAACCCUGGUUGCGUCGAGGGCGUUGUCGUUGAGCCGGAGGUCCAGAAAUCCGUCCGUGAUACUGCCCAACCCUGCAAUGGAGCGACAACCACUCCACCACCUUGUGAUACCGCCGCAACUACUAAAACUACAACAACUUGUAGCCCAACAACAGCCACAACGAAGACAACAACAUGUACCCCAACAACAACUACGACCACAACAACGACGACCACAACUACUACAACCACCACAACAACCACAACUACUACAACCACAACAACCACCACAACUACUACAACCACCACAACUACAACCACUACGACGACAACAACUUGUACCACAACAACGACGACCACGACAACGACAACAACAACUACUACAACCACAACCACCACAACUACUACAACCACAACCACCACAACUACUACAACCACCACAACUACUACAACCACAACCACCACAACUACUACAACCACAACCACCACAACUACGACAACAACUUGUACCACAACAACAACGACGACCACGACAACGACAACCACAACCACUACAACCACAACCACUACAACCACAACCACUACUACAACCACAACAACUACUACAACAACCACAACCACCACAACUACUACAACCACUACGACGACAACAACUUGUACCACAACAACAACGACAACCACGACAACGACAACAACAACUACUACAACCACAACCACCACAACUACUACAACCACAACCACCACAACUACUACAACCACAACUACGACAACAACUUGUACCACAACGACAACCACAACCACUACAACCACAACCACUACAACCACCACAACUACUACAACCACAACAACUACUACAACAACAACCACAACCACCACAACCACCACAACUACUACAACCACUACGACGACAACAACUUGUACCACAACAACAACGACGACCACGACAACGACAACAACAACUACUACAACCACAACCACCACAACUACUACGACCACAACCACAACCACCACAACUACGACAACAACUUGUACCACAACAACAACGACGACCACGACCACGACAACCACAACUACUACAACCACAACAACUACUACAACCACCACAACUACUACAACCACAACAACUACUACAACCACCACAACUACUACAACCACAACCACCACAACUACGACAACAACUUGUACCACAACAACAACGACGACCACGACCACCACAACCACAACCACCACAACCACCACAACUACUACAACCACUACGACGACAACAACUUGUACCACAACAACAACUACCACCACUACAACGACAACAACAACUACUACAACCACUACGACGACAACAACUUGUACCACAACAACAACUACCACCACUACAACGACAACAACAACUACUACAACCACAACGACCACAACUACUACAACCACAACUACGACAACAACUUGUACCACAACAACGACAACCACAACAACGACAACCACAACAACAACUACCACCACAACAACCACUACAACCACAACCACUACAACAACAACCACUACGACUACAACUUGCACAACUACUACGACGACCACAACAACGACAACCACAACUACGACGACCACGACUACUACAACCACCACAACUACGACAACAACUUGUACCACAACAACGACAACCACAACAACAACUACCACCACAACAACCACUACAACCACAACCACUACAACAACAACCACUACGACUACAACUUGCACAACUACUACGACGACCACAACAACGACAACCACAACUACGACGACCACGACUACUACAACCACCACAACUACGACAACAACUUGUACCACAACAACAACAACAACGACGACCACGACCACGACAACCACAACCACCACAACUACUACAACCACUACGACGACAACAACUUGUACCACACCGACAACUACGACCACAACUACUACAACCACAACCACUACGACGACAACAACUUGUACCACAACAACGACAACCAAAACAACAACUACCACCACAACAACCACAAAGACCACAACUACUACAACAACAACCACUACGACUACAACUUGCAAAACUAGUCCUACUACCACUACAAAAUGCCCAGAAACCGCUCCGACAACUAUUUGCCCCACUAAAUUAAAGGCGGUGGCUGCCACCCAAUCGAAGCAAAAUCCCGUCCGCCGAAACCCCGUCCAUCGCCUACUUUGGGAAGCGGCCGAAUGGGCCGGUCUGUCGUCCCCUAGUUCGGAGGCUCAGAUUAAGGUUUCGUGCUUGGGCAAACCCGACGGAUUCCUGAUGGCAUCUCCCGAGCGAUGCAACGACUACUAUAUCUGUCGGCACCAGCGUGCCCUGAAGGUCAGCUGUGGUGACAGGUACUUCAAUGGACUGAAGGGCAUUUGCGAUCUCCCCGAAAACACCAGCUGUGUUCAGUCAUAA